CCUCUUUCGGUCGACAAUUGAAUGUGAGCCGAGCCUUUCACUCCCGCCCAGAGAGCAUCCUUCUGGUCAUGCUGACAUCAUCCCGGCGAAAAAAAGAUUUAUGGCUUCACCAGACAGUUCCCGGGCAGGCAAUUCAAAGAUUCAGGAGGCAUGAUAUCCGAUGCGUCCGUCUGGGCACAUCCGAUCCUCCAUCGUCUGUCAAGCCGCGAGGACAUUGCAUCGAUCAAGCGACGAGCUACGCCCAAGCUUUUCCGCACGCGUCGAUUGGCGAACGGUCAGAUCGUCCGGACCCGAGCUGGACCAGCUGUAGAAGCCAAAUUCAGGGAGGUUAGAGAAUCGAUAGCUGAGUCUCGACGUCGACGAGGCUCUCUCGCUUCCAUUCGAAAUCCUUCGCCCAGUGAAGAUGAAAUGGAUCACGAUGAGAGACGCCACAUUCCUGAGGAGAUGAUGAGUGAGAAUGCACCUCCAACUCCUCCGAAUAUGGGCAAUCAUACCUCUUUCUCAUCGAUGACGCCAGCUGUGCCGAGAGUGCGGCACUCGUCAGGAAGCCUGUCUGACAAUCGAUCUCGACUGGCGGACAUACAAGAAGGCAAGGUUGCUGACGAUGUCACAAGCUCGUAUUGUUCUCACAGGCUCUCUCACGCGAGUCUGGCUGGCGGCUUACCCAUGACACCCGUGACGGCUAGUUCACACGCUCCAGGCCUCGAUAUGGACCAUCAAGAUACCCAAAGAACACGUCGUACCAUGUCGAACGUGAGCAUGAAUGGUGCUCAACUUUCCUCAAGAUGUCAAAGUUCCCAGAUGGCAACGGAUCUCCUGACACCUAUGAUCUCGAUGUCGUCACCAAGAACAGCGACCGACCGACAGCUUCAGUCUUGCCCCGCUUCCAUCCACACAACUCCCAUCCCUGCGCACGUCUCCCUUGGUCAAGCUCGGGUCUCUCAGCUCGCUCCCAUACAGCCGUCUCCCUUUAGCAUGCCAGUAGGGAAUCAACCGAUCACUGAUAUCACAAGGUCAGGACUCAUUCACAUUGACACUGCUGAAAUGCAAGUCGGCACGAAUGAAGGACCUCCAAUGCUGGACACUGGCUUCCAUAUGCACAUGUCCCCCGACAAUCGGAAUGAAUCAGGGUUCAAUCCGACGACGUGGUCUGCUGAUGUAUAUCAAACCUCAGCUACUAAUUCGCAGGCUCAAUGCAUCUUCCAGGAUCCAUGGUCUGGUCUUGGUAGUUCCUCACCAUCCCGAAUGAUGGCAUCAGUGGAGCCUACAAGUCUUAUAGGUCAAGAGCAGGUAGAAGCCUCUCCCGCCAUAUGGACAUCUACGUCCAUCCCACAGUCCGCACAGGAUUACACUCCUAGAAGUUCAGUAUACGACGUCAACAUACCACUGACCAUUGAUCCUCGCUGGGUCAGUCCUAGGGGCUCUAUGCCAUCUACACCUGCGGAAACUCCUGGACAGCUCUCAUCCGGCUCCAUGGAGCUCAAGAUGCCAGUGUAUACAUCCCCCGUCGAUGCCAUCCAUCCGAAUGGUCAGUCGUUCGAGAUCGACGACUCGCUCGUCAUGGUACAGACAGAAGAUGGCAACUAUCAAUACCAAUUUUCGUCGCGGCAGGAUGGUACUGGACAUGCUAUUCAGCCGCUGCGCGCUCAACAAGCGCGUCUGGCCACUCAGAGCUAUCCUCCCGGCCAGGCGGCAAGGAAGAGGAUGGGCGCCACUUCCACAAUCUCGCUCUUUGCGUGAAGCGCUGACAACCAUGACUGCGAAUAUAAGGGUA